AUAUAUAUGAAUGGACCAUUAAUCUUCUUCAUUUGCUGUCAUUUUUUAACAUGGGUAGCUUAAUUCUUUAAUUUUUUAUUUCUUAUAAUAAUACUCACACAAAAACUGCAUAAAGCUUCUUCUUUUCCUCUUGUUCCUCUUCUUCUUCUUCUUCUUCCUUUUCAUCUCUUUCUCUCUGCAAUUUCAUUUUUUUUUCAAUUUUUUUUUGUCACUUGUUUUUGCUUUGGCACCAGUGCUAGUUCUUGUCUCCUAUAGUCUCUGACCCUUUUGCCAGCUUUGACCUGAGAAGAUGCUUGUGGCAUUGCUCUUGCUUCUGGCAUUGAGCAAUGUCGUGAAUGUUUAUGGAGAUGUUGAGCAGUGUGGUUCGAAUCCAAAAUUGGAUCCUAGACCACAUAGUGUCUCUAUUUUGGAGUUUGGUGCAGUUGGGGAUGGUAAAACACUGAAUACAAUUGCAUUCCAGAAUGCAAUUUUCUAUCUCAAGUCAUUUGCCGAUAAGGGUGGUGCUCAGCUCUAUGUGCCACCAGGAAAUUGGCUCACGGGUAGUUUCAAUCUUACCAGCCAUCUUACCCUAUUUUUGGAGAAAGGCGCUGUCAUUAUUGGAUCUCAGGAUCCAUCUCAUUGGGAUGUUAUAGAAGCCUUACCUUCUUAUGGCCGAGGGAAAGAUGUUCCUGACGGAAGAUACAAGAGCUUGAUAAAUGGUAACAAGUUGGAGGAUGUGGUCAUAACAGGCAAUAAUGGAACCAUCGACGGCAAUGGAAUGGUUUGGUGGGAGUGGUAUAAGUCUCAUUCCCUUAACCACAGCCGUCCUCAUCUGGUUGAAAUUAUAUCAUCCGAUUCUGUCGUAGUUUCAAAUCUUACAUUCUUGAAUGCUCCAGCAUAUAGCAUCCACCCAGUUUAUUGCAGUAAUGUACAUAUUCAAAAUAUUUCAAUCUCCGCUCCUCCAGAAUCACCUUAUACUGCUGGCAUAGUACCAGAUUCUUCUGAUAACGUUUGUAUAGAAGAUUGUAUUGUAUCCAUUGGAUUCGAUGCAAUUUCUCUUAAAAGUGGAUGGGAUGAGUAUGGAAUUACCUAUGGAAGACCAAUUGAGAAAGUACACAUAAGAAGGGUUCAACUUAAUGCAUUUUCCGGCUCUGCUAUUUCAUUUGGUACUGAAAUGUCUGGCGGAAUUUCAAAUGUACUAAUAGAACAUGUUCACAUUUGGAACUCAAAUAGUGGCGUUGAGUUCAGAACAAACAUAGGAAGAGGUGGUUAUAUAAAAGAAAUUGCAAUAUCAAACCUAGAAAUGGAAAAUGUUCAUACAGCAAUUUCAGCCAAAGGUAAUUCUGGUUUUCAUCCUGACGACAAAUUUGAUCCAAAAGCUUUUCCACUUUUGAAUCACAUUACUUUGAAGGAUAUUAUCGGCGCGAAUAUCACAGUUGCUGGAAGCUUUUCUGGAAUAGAAGAAUCACCCUUCACAAACAUUUGCCUUUCAAAUAUAACCUUGUCAAUAAAUUCGGCUUCUUCCGUUACAUGGGAAUGUUCAAAUGUCUCGGGAUUUUCAGACUCGGUGUCCCCUAAACCUUGUCAAGAACUUGAUAACCCUUCAAAUUCUUCUUCAUCGUCUUGUUUCUACCUCAUGAGUCCUCUCGGUGGAAAAACUGCAGGACUUUAAUAAAUCGUUCACAAAACAAACGAUCUGGCGCAAUUGGUUGAUGCGUGUAUAUGUGAGUAUUGUAAAUCUUGGGGUACUGAGUUCGAUUCCUGCUCAUAAAAAAACAAGAUGAAGAAACGAAUCGCAAAUAGGCUACAUUCUUUCCAAAAUAAGACAGUUGUUCAUUUUUUUCCUUUUGUUCCUUCCAUUCCUUAGAUUUCAAUUCUUGCAUAUUCCAAAAUAGGUCAUUAUUUGUACAGCUUCAUUUCUUCAUUCAUGUGUAAGGAAAUUUUGGUAGUGCCUUUACAGAAAGGACUCAAAAUGUGAUAGUUUACAUUUUUGCAUUAGUUUCAUUGUUAUUUCAUUUCACUGUAAAGCAUGUAGUGGAUUUGGUGAUACUUCAAUUAAAGAAAGUUCAAUUUUAAGUAAUAAUUUUCAUUU